GGGCGGCGCAGCGAGACGAGGUCCCAGAGUGCCCCAACGGCCUCAGAGGAUAGAGGCGCGGGGAUAGAGUGGCGCCGAGGAAAGGCAGGAAUAUCCGGAACAGGAAGAGCCGGAGACUACGACUCCCAGCGUGCACCGAGGGUGCGGGCCUAAUGAGCUGAGGAAGCCGGGCGCUGGAGUGUUCCCCGUCUCCCCUCCUGAGCGCGGAGAGGCGGCCAUGCUGCGCCCCAAGGCCUUGACGCAGGUGCUGAGCCAGGCCAACACGGGAGGCGUCCAGAGCACCCUGCUUCUGAACAAUGAGGGUUCCCUUCUCGCUUAUUCCGGUUAUGGAGACACAGAUGCCAGAGUCACAGCUGCCAUAGCCAGCAAUAUAUGGGUGGCCUACGACAAGAAUGGGCACCAAGCAUUCAAUGAGGACAAUUUGAAGUUCAUUCUGAUGGACUGCAUGGAGGGUCGUGUGGCAAUCACCAGAGUUGCUAACCUGCUGCUGUGCAUGUAUGCAAAGGAGACGGUGGGCUUUGGCAUGUUGAAAGCAAAGGCUCAAGCCUUGGUGCAGUACCUUGAAGAACCCCUGACCCAGGUGGCUGCUUCCUGAAGGGACCUGACUGGCCUUUGAGUCUGGGAGUCCUGCCUCUCAUCAGACUGUGAAGGACGCUGAGCACCAAGUGCUUCUUUCAGACACAAGAGGGAUACGGGGAAGAGAAUAAAGGAAGUUCUUAGCAGCU